CGUUUUUGUGGAUGAUUCUCUUUUCGUUCGAUGAUAAUAAGUGGUAAAAGUGGUCCUUGUCGUCCAUGGAAUCAUCUGAGAAGCAAACUCCCAGGUCUAACAAUGCAUUUAAAAACAAGCCUGGGCGAGGUCGAACCACUUCACAUGUCAACAGGUCUAGUGGUAGAACAAGUCGUUCAAAAGCUAGUAGACGUUCAUCUGUAAACUCAAAGAAAAAGUAUAAUGCUAGGUGUAGUAGAGGAAAAGCUUAUGCUAAGGUGAUUACUAUGUUUAAAUAUUCAGUGAUGUAUACACCACAGUCGUCUAAUAACUACAAUCAACUAAGCCAGUAUGUUUUUGUGUUUGCUGGAACAUUUAAUGGAACUCACUAAUUCAAACUAAAUCUCAACGUAGAAUUCCCAAUGGUCAUAUCGCCAGCUGUUCUACUGCUAUGUACAGGUUAAAAUGCAGAAGAACUUCACAGGCCGUAUAUGUUAAUAAACGACCAUAUAGGCGUCGUAUUCCAGAUGUUAAUUCUCAGGCAGAUAAUUCUUCAAAAGAUGUUUUAUCGCAAACUAACUCUGAGUUGAAUAUCAUUCCAAUUGACGAGAACCCAGUCGAACAAGUUCAACGGAUCAUUUCUAGCAAACCGACAAACCUCAAACGAAAAUACACUCGACGCAAUUCAUCGUCAAGAUUUUUUAAUACUAAGAAACUUAAUGUCAAAAGUACACAGUUUAACUGUGCUAGCUCAACCGUUGAUUUUAACAAUUUGGCCAAAAAACAGGAAUCAUUUAUACGGGCUUUUGCUAUCCCAACACACUUAUAUCGGUAUCUUUCUCAUCGUCAUCGUGAUCGUCCAUUGUAUUUGGACCGCAACCUCAGUUAUUUGAUGCCAAAUUCAUCCCGUAAACAGUCGGCCGGUUCACGUCGAAGUAUAAACCGAAUUGUAGAACGUCUAAUUGAAAAACGAAACAAUUGUAAACGAAAUGGUGAAUUGAAGGAUUCCAGUAAUUACUUAGAAUCGAAUUCGUCUUCCUCUUCCAUUACUUCCGGUGAAUGGCCUCAGGAGUUAGAAUUAGUUUUUGAAGGUUUUUACGAUAGUGAAAAAGAAAUGGAUUGGGUCACCGUGGACGCUUCGGUUAGUGUUCAUUUACGCUUUGGAUGGGCAUGGCGUCGUAAACUAUGCCCAGAUGAUACCAUUUUAAAUAUAACACCCAAUUCAAUUCGAAUGAAUUGUUACAGUCAUUCAACUGGCUACGCUUCCCUAGUUAACUCACCACCACCCACUUCAAAUAAUAAUAAUAAUAAUAAUAAUAAUAAUAAUAAUACUGCUACAACAAAUACUACUUAUACCACUUGUCGUUUCUCUUUAACCGAUUUAAUUAAUCAAGUUAAGUGGAAUACAUCUAGUGGUCGUUUAACAUCUGCUCAAUUAGAAUUACAUGUUUCCGCCACUGAACGACGUUGGUUAAAACGUCCUGAUCUAAGUCAUGGAGCUGUUAGUUUGAAUGGAAUUACUUCAACUAUUUCAAAUAAUUUAACAAAUCAUAUUACUAAUCAUAUGAAUCACAAUAAUAUUAAUAAUACAUCCCAAAAUUCAUCGAAAGCUGUCAAUAUUGAUGGGAAAAGUCAUGUCACAUUUAUCAAUGGUAAUCCAUUGCGUAAAGGAGGUUUAAGUUCAAAUUCCUAUCCAGUUCAAUAUGCAACAGCUCCAUUGCCUUUGAUCAUAUCUUCAAUUGGCUUCGAUAGUUCCAGUACUGGUCGUCAACUGCUUUUGACUCCUGGUUUAUAUGAAUUACGCCUUGGUGUAGACACGUCCGACGCUAAUGGUGGUAACAGUGGUAGCAGUAGUAGUAGUGGUAAUGGUGGACUGAUGAAUAAAGUUGUACCAUUAAAAUGCUUAGAUGACAAAAUAAGUGAAAAAUCUGUUGUUUCAGCUAACAACGAUCAAGUAGGUGACUCAUGCUCUGGCCAAGUUGAAUGGAGGCGUAUUCGGUUUCCUAAUUCUUCCACAGCACUCGACGAGUAUUCUCGAUGGCCCCGUCUUCGAUUUUCUGUCGUAUGGCAUAAUAAAUCGGAAAAUAAUCAGGUCACUUCGCCUAGCAGAUCAAUGGAAACUCGAAGACAAGAUAAUUCGCAUACACAUACAGAAGGUCGAUCCUCACUUACACGUUCCAUGACGAAUUCUCAUAAUCGAGAUGUAAUCAAGUCGCAAAAUCAGUCCGUCACACCGCAAAGCCAAACAGUUUUAAAAGAGUCUUGCGAUUCUUCUGUGUAUAAAGAUUCAACUGGUUUAGAUAGAUGUCUUUCCAAUCGUGUGCAACAAAGUCUUUCUGUUCAUUUGGGAUCAGAUAUUGACAAGCUCACACCUAAAAAGACGCUACCUAUAAUUCAUCCAAUCAUAUACGGUUUUGUUUUCGGGGGUAAUUUACAACAGUGGUCUGAAUCUACUGAUCUUGUGUGUCCAUGGUGCCACCUUGAUUGUUCCCGUGCUGGUGAUAAGGGUCCUCAAGCCUUGAUUCUUCAUCUUCGAACUUGUCAUCCAAGAUUUCGUUUCAAAGUUAUAUGGAAUCCAUCACAUACGCAAUUAAGCCUACAAGUUUCAUUAAAUGAAGCAUAUGACGGUUCAAAUGAUUGUGGUAUACGUAGAUGGUGUCUGAGCGGUCGGAAUGUUCUCAUUUUACGGCGACAUACUAUCCCAUCGUCAGGUCAGUUAGUCGGUGGCUGUGCUGCCGUUGGUAUAAAUAGUAAUGCUAAACAGUCAGGUCGUCAUUCUACUUGUCCACCAUCCCUGAUUGAAGCCACUGUUCGAAUUCGUUGUCCUAUACGACGAUUACCGUACACACAUUUGAUAUUUUGGCGUGGCGCUGAAUUGUCAGCUGAUCAGUUACUUGACCCUACAUUAUCUGUCCGACCUAUGGUUACUGGACACAAUCGUAUUUAUUACCAUACGCGUACAUCUCAACCUGUUCGUGCUUGUGAAUUCGAUGUGGACUCUGAAGCAGAAGAUGCUCCAGUCUGGCUUCGUCAACAUUAUCAGCGCAAGGUGGAGGAAUUCACCGAUGUAAAUCCGGGUGAAAAACAAAUUAUGCAAUUGUGGAAUUCCCUACUUCUGUCCAUUCGUCCAUCUAAUUUAGUAGUUUGUGAUAGUCAAGUAUUAACAUUAACUUGUCAAUUUAUUCAUCAACAUAGUCGUUGGAUUCAUAGACGACGUUUACGUACUAAUCUAUUAUUACAUUUAGUAAAUCUUGUUGAUUAUGGCUUAUUAUCAUCUAGUCAAUUACGUCAAUUAAUGUUAAUUUAUGAUAAACAUGUACAAGAAUUAAAUGCUAUCAAUAAUACACCAAAGAAUAAUAAUAAUAAUCCGAUGAAUAAAAAUACACAACCAUCAUCAUCUUCUUCAUUGAAUAAUGCUUCAACAAUGAUGACAACAGUGACAACAACAACAACCACAGCAACAACAUCAGCAACAGCAUUAACAUCUGAAGUGAAAUUAGUCGUUAAUCAUCAUGUUAGCAAUAGCAAUACUAAUCAUAAUCAUCAUCAUAAUAAUAAUAAUGAUAAUAACAACAAUACUAAUGUCAAGUCACAACCGAUUAUUCCACGUCUUCUUCAAAUGUUCUCUUCAUCUUCAUCAUCUAAUUCCUAGUGUGUAAACAAGUUGAUGCAUAUACAUACAACACACCUAUUUUUCUCAUUCAUUCUCAUUGUAUCUCUGUGUCCAUGUUCGUGAUAUUUAUAUGAGAAGUCAAAGACAAUAUGUGUAUGUGUGAAUCAAUGCAUUUUUCUUUUUUGUUGUUUACUUGCAGAUAUAUUAAUUUUCCGUAUAGGCCAAACAAAUUGUUUUUGGAUUUUGUUUUUUUAAAAAUUUCAUUUUUUUAACGGCAAAUUCAGCAAUCAUUCUCACAGUGAAUAUGUCCGUGCACGUACUCCUUCAUUUCUUAGAAAAAUUUGCUCAAUUCUUUUCUCCAGUUUUCACCUCUCACAUAUGUGUGUGUGUGUGUGCGUGUUCGCGGUGUGCGCGCGCGAUGUAUAUGUAAUAAUUGAGUCAUAUAAACUUCAACACCUUGUCUUUUUUUUCUAAUUGUUUUGUAUCUAAUCAGUAAAGAAUUCCUAGAUUUUACAUAUUCCCAGGAUUCAUAAAAAAAAAUGUACGUACAUACAACCGUGUACAACUACUAUGUAACGACAAUUUAUUUGCUUUAAUUUUCUGUGGUGUGUAUACAAAAUUGUUUCUUCUCCACACUCCAUCAUUGUCCAUUUAUAUUCUUAAAUGCUUCCUUCUCUUAAACCAUAAUUCAUGUGCAUAUAUAGAUAUAUGACGCAGUAGUACAUGUAUUAUUUGGUUAACCGUAAUAACAAAAUCCAAAAAAGUAUGUGCCUUCUUAGAAUUGAUGAGUUUUUAUGAGAGAAAAAAAUGAACAGUUAUUUCAUAUUAUUAUUAUUAUUACUAGUAUUUCUAGUAUUA